AUGAUCAUCUAUUCUGUGUCGAGAGCAUUUGAGAUUGUUCAUCAGCCGGACUAUUGUCUCGGGAAAUUGCCUUCGACGCUCAUCCCACCCGGUUCCUUGGUGCUUCUUCGGGUGUUCUAUUCUAGUUUCCUAACUUGCAGGAAGCUUCAUUACUUUAUGCAAGCUGUCAUGGACACGGUGAGGUCGAAUGGAUCCCGCUUGCACGCACGUCCGGACGUGCUUCAGCUGACAGCCAAAGACCCAGCAUGUUCUUUUAUUCAUUGGGAAGGGCCCCCGACGAUCGCAAACGAGGCUUCCCUUUGCUUUUUUUCGAGUCUUCGCCGAGAAGCACGACUCAGCCUGGGAGAUCUGACGAAUGAUGUGCCAAUAGCAUUGCUUAGACUGGGAGAAAUCAUGAGCAAAGCAAAUAAAGGGAAAGGAAAGAUCGAUAUGAUAUGA